GAGGGGGUUGGGGAGGCGCCGACGCGGCCGCAGCGGGGCGGGCGUGGGCGUGGACGACGGGCAGCGCCUCUCCGCCUCGGCUGCCUUCCCGGCCGCGUCCUCGGUGGGGCCGGCGCCCAGCGCCCCGGCCGCUUUAAGCCCAGGCCCCGCCCCGGCCCGCGCCCCGCCUCCGCCCCGGCCCGCGCGUCGCCGGAGCCCGGCUGCCGCCAUCAUGAUCUGCCUGGUGCUGACCAUCUUCGCCAACCUCUUCCCGGCAGCAGCCUACACCGGCGUGCACGAGCGCACCUUCCUGGCGGUGAAGCCCGACGGCGUGCAGCGGCGGCUCGUGGGUGAGAUCGUGCGGCGCUUCGAGAGAAAGGGCUUCAAGCUGGUGGCGCUGAAGUUGGUGCAGGCCUCCGAGGAGCUGCUGCGGGAGCACUACGCCGAGCUGCGGGAGCGCCCUUUCUAUGGGCGCCUGGUGAAGUACAUGGGCUCGGGACCAGUGGUGGCCAUGGUGUGGCAGGGUCUAGACGUUGUUCGCGCUUCGCGGGCGCUCAUCGGGGCCACGAACCCGGUCGAUGCCACGCCCGGCACCAUCCGCGGCGAUUUCUGCAUCGAGGAACGUGAUUCACGGCAGCGACUCGGUGGAGAGCGCCCGCCGCGAGAUAGCGCUCUGGUUCCGUGCGGACGAGCUCCUGUGCUGGGAAGACAGCGCCGGGCACUGGCUGUACGAGUAGCUACAGCUCCUCGCCUGGAUCGGGUUGUGGCUGCCUCUGCAUUCUCUGGGCCCCACCCCGGGAGCUCAGAACCCCCUUCCUGCAGCAGGGAUCACAGCAGCCCCCAGCGCGACAGCAGGGCAGGGAGGUGCACACUGCCAGGCAUGGCUGGCGACCGCCUUCCUGCCCCAGAUGAGGCACUCGGACCGGGCUCCAGCCUGCGCCCCAGUUUAUGGCGGGCCUGGGAAGCCAGUGGGGUGCUACUUUGGUCCUUGGCUCUCCCCAGCAUUUCUUUUUAUAAUAAACUGACGGAAACCUGUGCUCAAGUCUCUUGGGCCCAGGUACACAGACAUACGAUGUUAAGACAUUUAUUACAUACAGAGCAGAUACGUAGGUUCAAGUUGCAGGGCCAAAGCCUGAGGAGAAUCAUCACCCAGCCCCUUUCCCCAGCUGUACCCACCCGGCUCCCCCCAGUCCCUCCCUGGCCCUGUGAGAACGGACAGGGGACGCGACACACUUCACAGUGGACAGUGGCAGGGCGGUGAGGAGAAUCCUGUGGCUGCAAGGAGCUGCAGCGGUGGCCAGCUGGGCUUGUGGGACG